UUUUGACUGCCUUGACAGUCGGACAGAAUUGUAAAAUUGAGUCUGUAGCGGUAGCAGAUUUGAUUAGGUUGUGUAUGAUUUAUAUGCCUCGUUUAACUUGGAGAAUAGAAGUAACUUUUGAAAGGUGAGGUUCUGCUCACGAAUAAGUAGCUAAACGCUAACCGACUGAAGCUUGUUCUCCUGCCGUUUUGCCACCAUGGAGAAGCCACACUUUGCCCAUUGACUGGUUAGUCCAAAAAGCUGAAGGCGCUACUUGAAUCGUGCGCGUUGAUUCAAACACUCGAGAUGGAGGAAGUUGACAAAAUCUUGAUACACGCCCUAAAACAAGUUGGCACAGAGCUGAGUGAGGGGGUUGGUAGCCUCAAAGACUUCACCAGUGAGCUGAUAGUGGAGGCGGUGGUGAGAUGUAUCAGGGUGAUCGAUCCUGGCCUGGGCAGCGCGCUGCCAACCUCCCUCCCGCCUGGCAUGUCUGCCCGCUUCAGGGUAGGCAUGAGCCUGGCACAGGCCUGCCAGGACAUUGGUUACAAAGGCGAGAUAGGUUAUCAAACCUUCCUGUACAGCAGUGAGACAGAGAUUCGCUCCCUGCUCAUGUUCCUUGUGGAGAAACUGCCCAGAGAAAAUGCUGAGGCCUCUGACCAGCCAACAGGCAAAUCAACUAUUCUUCAGAGAGCUAUUGCUGCUGCUAUUAAAGCCCAGCUUGUUGCACCUUGGGUCCCUCCAAACUGCAGGCUGCCACUGCAUGGUGAAACACAAAAUUUUGACACCUUGCACAACUUCCACAUGCAGCCCCUCAGUUUACCUCAUUGUAUUAAAGAUCCAGGGAAGAAAUCACUUAAAGAGAUCAAAGACUACCAGCGAGAUUUUCUUCCCCUUGUCACUGCUCAGCUCCCCAAUAAUGCCUCUGUGGCGGCGUCCUUACUGGAGCAGCACACAGCUGAGCUCAGUGCGGCGCAGGAAUGGGACAAUGAGUGGAACAGUCAGGGACUCCUCUCUCGUCUUACUCCACAGGACUACAAGGCCCGAAAACUGACUCGGCUGCAUAAACGUAUUGAGGAGCAGUUGCGUUCUGCUGCUCUUCCCCCCAUGGAAUGUGCCUUUGGUGGUCUUGGCUCCACCUCUGAUUUGUCUGACAUACUGCAAUCCUUCAGGGGGUCUGCUUCUUCUGACCACAACCUAACAAAGGGCUCUCACUUCACCCACUCCCAGAAGUUCACUUUUACACAGGAAGUAGAAGCAACACCAUCCCCUGGGUGGCAGACAGAUGGUGACAACCAUCAGAGUCAGGAGGAGGAGCUGGCAUCUUUGCAGCAACAAUUUCAGCAGCUUUGCAAUGAUGUGGACCAACUAACUAUGGAAGUGAAGCACCUGAGUGUCACUAAUGCUCAGGUACUUGAUGAGUACAAGCAACGGGAGCUACAGAACAAUGAGCAGGAGGAAAAGAUCCAACUGAAGAAGAAGACCAUUGACCUAUUGCCAGAUGCUGAGAACAGCAUAGUAAAGCUUCAGGCUCUGGUGGAGGCCAGUGCCAAGCGUGUGUUGAACCUGGCCUCUCAGUGGGAGAAACACCGUGCACCACUCAUCGACGAGCACCGCAGACUUAAAGAAAUCUGCAGCAAUCAGGAUAUGGAAUCAUCCAAAAAGCUGUUAGAAAUAAAGGUUCUACAUGACAAAAUCCGUGUAUCAACAGAGGAGGCCAAGAAGAAGGAGGACAUAUACAAGCAGCUGUUAACAGAGUUAGAAAGCCUUCCCCAGGAUGUGUCUCGGGCAUCAUAUACACAGAGAAUUCUGGAGAUUGUGAGCAAUAUCAAGAAACAGAAGGAAGAAAUCACCAAGAUUUUGUCUGACACUAAAGAACUACAGAAAGAGAUCAACAGCCUCACAGGAAAACUGGACAGGACAUUUGCUGUGACAGAUGAGCUUGUCUUUAAGGAUGCCAAAAAAGACGAGUCGGUCCGCAAAUCAUACAAGUUUCUGGCUGCGCUACAUGAAAACUGCAAUCAAUUGAUCCAAACCAUUGAGGACACUGGUACAAUCCUGAGAGAGAUACGAGAUCUUGAAGAGCAGAUUGACACAGAAAAUAGUAACAAAACAGUGGCUAAUCUGGAGAGGAUUCUAGAAGACUACAAGGCCAUUCGACAAGAGAAUUCUGCACUUGCUGCCAAGGUCAGAGAGGGCUGACUCUGAACUACCUAGUCAUGCUUAAGCUUAAAAACAACUCUUGUUGCUCUGAACAUGACUGAAAUAGGUCUUAGACCGAAGCAAUCGCUGUUCAUUAACACCGCCUCUUGUUGCCAUUGGGAGCUGCUUUUGUUAAGAAGCUGAAAUUAUAUUUGUACUACAAUAACUGAAAAAGCCUUUUUUCAUAUGUAAAUAUGGAUCCCGAUACCUCAUUUUUGGUGUUAAAUAUUUCUGUGGCUACACAUCUUAUGAGUAUUUACAUAUCUGGACAAAAUUGUCAGUCCGCUUUGGUUAAAGAAAGAAAAACCUAUGUUGGUCACAGAAAUAAUUUAAACUGACAAAAAUAAUAAUAAAUAAAAUUAUACUGAAAAUAAAGUAAUGAAAGUCUGCACCAACAAUUCUGUCCAUGUUUAGAUCUGCCAUUCCAAUCCUUACCUAAAUUGAAAUCAACAGCAAGUGGUGCUUCCAAACCUGCCUUCUUUGCUCAAGGGCCAUUCUCAUUAUUGUUUGAAAAAGUGUGUGUUGUGGGAGUGGGGGGAACGACAACAUGUAUUAGUUCAUUUUUUCUUUAAUACAGCAAGCAUCCUUGUAAUUUUCAGAAUGAAACAUAGUUGAACUGAAUGUUGAGUGAAUGGUAUUUGAAUGUGUCAUCCAGAUCUAUUAUUAAAAUAUUGUUUAUCAAGU